UAGACUAUACCUAAUAGUCGACCUAAACAAAACCAAACGGUCGAACCACCGCUCCGCCAAACACCCGGUGGACCUUAACCCAUUAAGCACCCUAAACCGACGCGACCACACCACGACUAAAAUAACAGCCACGACUGCCACCAAAAACACGUGCCUCACCGCCACGUGUCCCCUGCGCCCCACCGCGAAGGAGACACUUUGCUAUACCCAAACCACCCGCCACCAUAUAACGUCCUCCUCCUCUGCCUCUUCUAGCAGAGAGAGAGCCUCCAGAAAUGGAAGCAGAGCCGUUCCUCUUCUUCCUCCUCAUUCCCAUUCCUUCACCCACUCACUUCUUCUUCUUUCUGUGAGCUGUCAACCAUUAAUUCAACGCCAUCCAAUCCAGAGCUGCUUUUUCAAUCUUAGCAUGAAUGCGGUGAAGGCAGCUCGGCCGUCGAGUUUUGGCCUGACGCCGUCGGACGCUGAAUUUGGAUCUCCGCCGCCGCCGGCGAGGUUAGGAUUCGUGAAGGUGAACGGAAGCAAUGUGAAUAUGAGGUUGAGUUUGAGCGGCGGAGUUGAUGCAGGAUCUAAGGGUUUACGGCCGAUUAAGGCCACGGAGGACCAAACCGUGUCCGUCAAGUCUGAUCGCGCCGCCAUUAAUGCAUUCAUUUCUGCUGUUGUCAUCAGUGCCAAGGCUCUGUUCGUUUCGAGCGCAAUCGAAGCUUUGGAAGCUGUUCUUCUAAGAGGUAAAAAUUCCCACCAGAUGUCAACUGCGGGGAACUCAACGAACAUCGUGUGGCAUAAAUGUGCGGUCGAGAAAGUGGAUAGGCAGCAGUUACUUAAGCAGAAAGGCUGUGUCAUAUGGAUUACUGGUCUUAGUGGUUCAGGAAAAAGCACUGUGGCAUGUGCUUUGAGUCAAGGCUUGCACAUAAGAGGAAAACUGACCUACAUUCUUGAUGGUGACAACGUCAGGCAUGGUCUAAAUCGUGAUCUUGGUUUCAAAGCAGAAGAUCGUGCAGAAAACAUACGAAGAAUUGCUGAGGUCGCUAAGCUCUUUGCGGAUGCUGGCAUCAUUUGUAUUGCUAGUUUAAUAUCUCCUUACCGAAAGGACCGAGAGGCCUGCCGUGCACUAUUUCCAGAAGGAGAUUUUAUUGAGGUGUUCAUGGACGUGCCACUUAAUGUAUGUGAGAAUAGAGAUCCGAAGGGCCUCUACAAGCUUGCACGAGCUGGAAAAAUCAAAGGUUUUACUGGGGUUGAUGAUCCAUAUGAGCCACCACUAAACUGUGAGAUAGUGUUGCAGCAGAAGGGAAGGGAUUGCGUCUCCCCAAGUAGUAUGGCUGAAACGGUGAUAUCUUACUUAGAGGAGAAAGGCUAUUUGCAGGCCUGAUAGCCAAGAAAAGAUUCCACUUGCCGAGUGCCAGAGCUGCUCUUGUAACAUACUAUGCUGCAAAACAUCAUUUUUUCUUCCAGCUAAAAAGAAAAAAAGUAAUUGCAAAAUAGAAUUUCUCUCCUUUCCCGACUAGGAAAUUGCUCGUUUCCUGCGUAUUCCGGUUCCAGCAAUUUAGUUAAUCAAUCGAUUAAAUGAACCUAAUUCAUUCAAAAGCCACCAUCUGAAGUGUGGCUUUUGAUCCAAAUUACAAUAAGUAGUGGAACCUGGGAAAGGAAGAUUCUUAUGUUUAGUUUAAUUAUUAUUUUUAUUUCUUAUUUUUUAAAUUUUGUCAACCUGAAAUAGGAGGUUCAUGUAUUGGCUGUGUCAGUUUGUAUGGGAUCAACUCGUGAGAUAAAAUAUUUUUGUUGUAAAGU